AUGCCUGCCGUCGACAUUAUGGAGUCUACACCAGCUACUACAGCCAAAGAAACCUCCAAAUCCAUCGGCGUUCUGGAGGAGCUGAUCAAGAACUUGACCAUAUCCAAAAGCCAGGAUGAAGCCAAUACAGCUGCUACCAACGUUGCCACACUGCUUCACGGUCCUAUCGAAGAGCAAUCAUUACCAGCAAAGGCUGUCGAGUCGUUGAGAAAGCAGCUCAAUAACAAGAAAGAUGCUCUUGCUAGAGAACGAGCUCUUAACGGCAUCACUGCUAUAGCAUCCCACUCCGCCAUUUCGCCUGCCUUCGAACCCUACCUCAUAUCUCUACUCCCUUCCACUUUGGCCGCUGUUGGUGACAAGAUGGUCUCGGUAAAAAAUGCCGCACAGUCAGCUGCUGUUGCCAUCGCCAGGGCCAUCAAUCCCAAUGCCAUUAAAGCCGCCCUUCCGUCAAUUCUGAAGUCCAUUGAGGCUGCGCAGAAGUGGCCUGAGAAAAUCGCAGCACUCGACUGCAUCGAUGCACUGGUCGAAAAUGCACCCGCACAACUCUCGUUCCGUGUUCCGGAUCUCAUCCCAGUCAUCUCUGCCGCCAUGUGGGAUACCAAAGCUGAGGUCAAGAAGCGUGCAUAUGCCGCUAUGGAGAAGACCUGUGGUCUCAUCGUGAACAAAGAUAUCGAGAAGUUCAUUCCAGAGCUGAUCAAAUGUAUCGCCAAACCGGAAAACGUGCCUGAGACUGUUCACCUGCUUGGUGCUACCACCUUCGUAACUGACGUUCACGAGCCAACUCUAGCCAUCAUGGUUCCUCUUCUCGACCGUGGUUUGAAAACUAAUGACACCGUCAUCAAGCGAAAGUCUGCUGUCAUUGUCGACAACAUGUGCAAGCUGGUCGAAGAUCCCCAGAUUGUCGCUGCUUUCAUUCCCCUGCUUCGGCCUAAUCUUGUUAAGAAUUAUGAAACAAUUGCCGAUCCAGAGGCCCGAGAGAAGACCAAGCAAGGUCUUGAAACUCUUGAUCGCGUCGGUGAUGUCAAGAACGGCGAAGGACACAAGGUUUCCAAAGCAGGUGACAUUGCCACCGUCUCUGCUAUCUUGAAAUCGAUUCUUGAAUCGAAGCAUAAGGCCGAGAUCGCCAAACACGAGCCUGCAAUUGAAUACGUCUCAGCCAUUGCUAGUCAACUGAUCGACGAGAAAGUUACUGAUCUCGCCAGCUGGAUUGACAGCACUCUCAACUAUAUCACAAUUAUUGUGGGUGAGAAAGAUGCUCGAGCCGUGGCAGAGACUCUUCGCAAGCGCGCCUCCCCAGGUGCUGUUGACGAGGCUGAAGAGGAGGAGGAUGACGAGGAGGGCGAAGAUCUUUGCAACUGCACGUUCAACUUGGCUUAUGGUGCUAAGAUUCUUCUCAAUCAGACUCAUCUCCGUCUCAAGCGUGGCCAGCGGUACGGUCUUCUCGGACCCAACGGCUCCGGUAAAUCUACGCUCAUGCGCGCCAUCAAUAAUGAACAAGUCGAGGGCUUUCCCAAAAAGUCUGAGGUCAAGACCGUAUUCGUCGAGCACGAUCUCGAUUCUGCUGAUACUGAACAAACUGUUAUUGGCUGGACGGAGAAGAAACUCCGCGACGUUGGUGUCCAGACAUCCGUUGAAGACAUUCGCUCCAAGCUUACAGAGUUCGGUUUCCUUGAGGAGCAGUUCGAGGGACCCAUUACUUCUCUCUCUGGUGGCUGGAAGAUGAAGCUUGCGCUCGCUCGCGCUGUCUUUGAAGAGCCCGAUAUCCUCUUGCUUGAUGAGCCUACCAACCAUCUGGACGUCAAGAAUGUCCAUUGGCUCGAGCAGUAUCUUAUCAACUCACCUUGUACAUCGAUUAUUGUCUCGCACGACAGCAAGUUCUUGAACAAUGUCAUCCAACACGUCGUCCACUACGAGCGUUUCAAAUUGCACCGCUACCGAGGCAAUCUCAAUGCAUUCGUUCAAAAGGUGCCAUCUGCCAAAUCCUACUAUGAGCUUAGCGCGUCUGAGAUGGAAUUCAAGUUCCCAGAGCCUGGUUUUCUCGAGGGUGUCAAGACCAAGGCCAAGGCAAUUGUCCGUGUCAACCGUAUGGAGUUUCAAUACCCUGGUACCAGCAAACCACAAAUCUCGGACAUCACUUUCCAAUGCUCGCUCGGCUCUCGUAUCGCUGUCAUUGGUCCCAAUGGUGCUGGCAAGUCUACUCUUGUCAACGUCUUGACUGGCGAAUUGAUCCCCACUGCUGGUGACGUUUAUCAGCAUGAGAACAUUCGCAUUGCCUACAUCAAGCAGCAUGCCUUCGCUCACAUUGAUCAUCAUUUGGACAAGACACCGUCUGAGUAUAUUCAAUGGCGAUUCCAGACUGGUGAGGAUCGUGAGACUAUGGACCGAGCCAACAAAAUCGUUACGUCGGAUGAUGAGAAAGCCAUGGACAAGAUCUACAAAAUCGAUGGGUCACAACGAAGGGUCAUCGGCAUCCACUCGCGGAGAAAGUUCAAGAACUCCUACGAGUAUGAGUGUUCCUUCGUGCUGGGUGAAAAUGUGGGGCAGAAGAAUGAGAAAUGGACACCCAUGAUGUCUGCCGACAACGCUUGGAUCCCCCGAACUGAAAUUCUGGCUUCACAUCAGAAGCAAGUAGCCGAGGUCGAUCAGAGAGAAGCUCUUGCCAGCGGCCAAUUCCGACCCUUGGUCCGCAAGGAGAUCGAACAGCACUGCGCCAAUUUCGGUCUCGACGCUGAGCUUGUGUCCCACUCCCGCAUGCGUGGUUUGUCUGGUGGUCAGCGUGUCAAGGUAGUGCUUGCUGCCUGCUCGUGGCAACGACCUCAUUUGAUUGUUCUCGACGAGCCUACCAACUACCUCGACCGAGACUCCCUUGGCGCUCUGUCGAAAGCUCUGAAGAACUUCGAAGGUGGUGUGAUCAUCAUCUCCCAUAGCGCCGAGUUCACCGAGUCCAUCACACAGGAAGUCUGGGCUGUCCUAGAUGGCAAGAUGACUCCAUCUGGUCACAACUGGGUCCAGGGUCAAGGUACUGGUCCACGCCUGACUGACAAGGAUGAUGACGAGGAAAAAUUCGAUGCCAUGGGCAACAAGAUCGAGGGUGGAAAGAAAGCAAAGAAGCUGACUGCUUCCGAGCUACGAAAGAAGAAGAAGGACCGCAUGGCCCGCCGCAAGCGUGGCGAAGAGGUCUUCUCUGAUGAGGAGUAA